GCGGUCGGCAACUCCCUGCAGCCAUGGCUCUCGGAGGCGAACCUCGGCGCUGAGGACUAUGAGCUGCAGGGCGACGCAGUAUCGAAGAGGUUUGAGAUCCAGGCCAUCGGCGCGCUCAAACUCAACAGUCGUGGUGCUGGCUGGCGUGAGUUCCAUGCCGUCCCUCCGACUGGUGGCCCGCCCACGAGCAUCAACGUUGGCCCCGAUAAGAACCCGAAGCUGGCGGCCCGCGAGCUGGGCUGCAAGAAGACUGUGCGGAAGUUGCUGGAACUAUACCCUGACAAGCGCUUCUUCGCCGACAAGGAGAAGAUCGCUAUCGGCACAUCUUGGAAGGGCGUGGUGCAGUGCUCCCCUGCCCCUGCGGGUACGGUGCCGAUGAUCCAGUUCUGCGAUCGUCACAUGGGUGAGCUCAACAUGGGCGCUGGCCUGGUCAGGCGCUCCAUCCAUGCCCUCUUCGGGGAGCAGAAG